AUGUCUUCCCGGUCGGGAUCAAAUUCCCACCGUCGCCAUUCCCGAGAGCCUCACGAUGACUUUCCGCCGCUGCCUCGACUGCCCUCUCUGCGAGCAUUAGCCCGAGACCGAGACAGUCCCUCGCCGAGUUCGUCCAGCCGCCCUCAGUCCCGACAUUGGUCAACCGCAUCGCGCCGCGCCGAGCGCAUCCGAAACCUCGAGAACCGCACUCCGUCUGCGGGCUUUGACGACUUUGAACGCCCCAUGGACGACGGCUGGCCGACAUCUCGCCGCAUCCGGAUCGCCGCACCCGAGAGCAGCCGUCCCACCAACCUCGAGGACCUGGAUCGUCACCUCGAGGAGGCCAACUCGCACCUGCGCGCCCUGCUGGACCUACAAAACCACCCCAGCCUCACCCCUCCGCUUGUGCCCUCCAACUACUCCCCGACCCUCCGCCCCCAGGACCUCCCCGACUCGAACCGACGACAUAAGCGCCGGAAGCUGGAUUCGGACCGCCUCACGCCCGCCUUCAAGGGCUUUCGCUAUGGAAAGUACGGCCAGGUCGAGCCUGGCCAGCUCCAGAUGGAGAUUGUCAGUUGUGACGGGGGAAUGUUCUCCAACGAGUCGUCGUAUGCCGCCGAAAACAUUCUCAAGGACGACACCUCGGUGUAUUGCACGAAGGGCAACAGGUGCAAUAUAGUGUUGCGACAUCAGGGUGCUACCGUCUUCACUCUGCGGGAGUUGGUCAUCAAGGCGCCAGCGUCCAUGAACUAUUCACAUCCUGUGAGAGAGGGAAUGGUCUUUGUGGCCAUGGACCAGGACGAUAUGCUGAGCAGAACAGCACACUAUCAGAUUCAAUACAUGCCGCCGCGAGCAGGUGAAGAGUCGGGCUCCGGAGAGGGGGAUUUCAGGGCUCUACAACCCAUCCCGACCGAGACCAUCUCUAUCCAGCAUCAUGACAACGGUACCACGACCACAAGAUACCGACCAGCAUACUAUCGCGGCAACAGCGACGACUACGAGCCCCGUCACCCCCAGAUGCCGCGAGAAUUUCUCUGGGAUCUUCCCAACUUCCGUGUGACAGCAGAGUAUAGCGACGACGAGGAGGACGAGUACGACGGGCGCCGUUUCCUCCGUCGCGCACCCAACCGCAUAGGAUCCCUCCCAUUCGAGACCCUCGACUCGGAAUCCGACGACGGCGCAGAAAUCUUUGACCCGGAGUACCUCGACGAUCACCACCCCUCUCACUGGCGGCUUUACAGCAGCGCAGCUAACACCAGCGGAUCCGGCUUCCCACCCUCAUCCCGCCGCCGCGAGCGCGAACGUGAGCGUGAGCGGGAACGCGAUCGCUCCUCCAACAGCAUGUCUCUUACCGAGGCCUGGGAAGCUCACAACUCGGCCACGCAAGAGGCCGUCCGCGCCGUGGGCGGUGGUGGUCUCCUCUCGCCGCACGCCCGCUUCUUCAUCGAGGAGAAGAAGAGCAAGUGCACCAUCCGCUUCGACCCCCCCGUCUCGGGCCGUUUCAUCCUCCUCAAGAUGUGGAGCUCCCACCACGACCCCGCCAGCAAUAUCGACAUCCAGUCCAUCAUUGCUCGGGGUUAUGCUGGCCCGCGCUACUUCCCCUCUGUCCAGCUACGUUGA